AUGCAAACGCCAAAAGGACACGUACUCGCAAAACUAUGGUUCGGGUUGCGUUGUUGGCGACUGUCGCGAACGUCAAACAGCGUGCUGCCAGAAACACGACAACGGCAGUGGCGGUGGCGGUGGCGGUACGGACUUCACUCCAGAGGCGCCCACGACGCUUCCCCGCGGACCUCCGUCGAUCGCGAACAGGUUAAACGCUUUGCAGAACAAGCGCGGGACUGGUGGAACCCAACUGGACCUGCUGGCAUGCUCCAGCGAAUGAACCCAGCCCGUAUCGAGUUCAUCAAAGAGGCAGUAGCUGGGGCGCUCGAUAUCACGCAUGCGCCCAUUGGCGAUGACACGCAUCCAGGGACAGCAACGCGAUCCAGCUUCAGGUCCAGUGCCCGUAGCGCUGGAAGCGGGUGCGACACGCACCACUGGGCCCGCCUACGUGUCCUCGAUGUUGGAUGCGGGGCGGGCCUGCUGAGCGAGGCACUCGCCGCGCUCGGUGCACACGUCACUGCGAUCGACGCUGCCGCAGAGGCGAUCGCCAUCGCCCAGCAACGCCAGGCGGCGAUGGCGGCGCUUUCAUCGAUGACGUCGUCGACGAGCGGCAUGGCGACGAUGCGUGCGUCCCGCGCACGCUGCCUGGCGGAGCGUCUCGCGUACCGGUGCGCAUCGAUUGAGGAGUUGCUGGCGGAGCGGGGCAACGCCGCAUCCUUCGAUGUUGUUACCGCGUUGGAGGUGCUCGAGCACGUCCAGAAUCCGCUGGUAUUUCUGGGAAAUCUUGUACAGAUGCUGAAACCUGGUGGGGUGCUUGUGAUCAGCACGCUGGAUCGAUCCAUCGCGUCUUUCGUAGUGGCGAUUCUCAUGGCUGAACGGGUGCUAGGCCUCGUACCGCGCGGUACGCAUGAUUGGAGCCGGUUUAUUCAACCGGAAGAGCUGACGGAGGCGCUCUUGACGCUUGGGCGGUCAGCUGGUACGGGUUCAGAGGUGGCGUGUCGGGGGUCACGGCACUCGAUGGAGAUUUGUCGGGUCGCUGGCCUCGUGUGGAAUCCCUUGUCCGGGGGUUUUGCACGAACCCGCUGGACAGAUGUAAACUAUAUCUUGGCAGCGCGGAAGAGGCGAUGA